AUGGAGAAGAUGGCGAUAAGUACAUUUGGGCUCCGGAUGGCAAUGAGACUCUCCCGCUCAUCGUCUAAAGACAAAACAAAGGACGAAUCAUUCUCCAGGAAGCAAAUGAGUGAUACACACGGCAAUGCAUUCCUACUCAUUGGCAUAGCAAUGGCCACGAAUGUGAAUACAAGUCUACUCACUGAAAAGGUCUUUAGGUGCCAGAACUUUGCCAACAAGUGUCUGGUGGUCUACAUGUUCUUUGUCCUAGUGGCAUCAUUCGUGGCUCUAUUCCUCUGCGAGUUGGACUUUUCGACCAUGGUAUUGAGUGUGUGGUUGUUAGUGGCGUCUCACUCGAUGCAUGUACUUGUGGGCAUGUUUGGUAAUGGUUUAAUGGCCCGUAACAUCUUCAUCCUGGGCUAUGGGUUUAACGGAGCGUUGGAGGCACUCAUUUGUUUCUCGGGUGCUGGCGUCAUCUCUAAACUAUUUCUCAAUUCAACCUACUCGAUGAUCUACACGGGGUUCCCCGCCGGCUCCAUUUUUUUGGGAACCACCCAGACUAUACUGAACCGUGCGGUUGGAACCAGUACAAUUUCUCAAAUGAGAAAGAACCUGGUCCUGUGCCACGGGUUUCAUGCCGUUCUGACGUCUAUUGGAUCCCUAUGGGUCACAUUCUUGUAUAUUAAAUAUAGAAAAUACACCAAAGAGGCUGAAGAGAAACAGGGUGAUCUAUCGAUUAGCCAAAGAUUCCUCAAAAGUAUCAGUGAUUUUUCAUAUGCAAAAUUCUACUACACGCGGUUCAUGGUCAUUGUCCUUGCCUACUCUCUGAGAUUCUUCUUCUUUCCUUGUCUCAUCCCAUUUGUAAUGGAUAUUCCAGACCAUAUCAAGCUCAUAUGUUCUCUCUCACUCAUUCUUUCAGAGUUCAUAUCAAAGCUAAACACUGUGGGUGUCAACGAGAGUAUAAAUCCGUCAGAGAAGGACCCGUCCCAGUCUCAUGCAAUGUUCUUGUUUACUAGGGACAGAUACAUACACUUUAUGCUCACCGCCAUCCUUUCCUCAUCUUGCUUUAUUCUGUGGUCCUCUUUGACUGGCAGGUAUCACUUUUCACAGUCACCCAUAUUCAUCUUUUGCUUUAUCGUAAUGAUGGGAAUAUCAUAUGGUUACUUGUCAACCAGGUCCAUUAACGGCUGUAAGCCUGUGCUAGACUAUUACACUAAACAGUUUGAUAAGGAGGGAAAGCCUAUGGUAAGUGAUGAAAUUGCCAAUGGUUCUGGAGUCUCAGACGUCGCCACCCUGACCAUGAACCUGAGCAUUCUGACAGCCUCCCUUAUAUCAAACGUGGCUGAAACAAUUAUAAUAAGACACAAAAAUUCUAGAGCCUACAUUAUCAACAAUAGUAAAGGAGAUUUGUCCAUUAAAGCUGUGGAUGCUCUACUAAUGCAGUUUAAAUCCUAG